UUUAAUUUACAGAGACAGCUCACAAGAGUGAAAAGACAUUGAGAGAAAGAUUCCCAGUUAUAGCAGGAUAACAUGUCUGCACUCGUCUCUGAAUAUUUUACAUUUAUUUCACCCAUCCUUAAGAAUAAGCAUACAGCCAUUAUAAAUGGCCUCAUUGGUUUAGGAACAGUAAUCAGUCAGACAGCAUACAACAUCUUAGCUUUUAACUGUCCGUGUUCACCAAAGAAGAAUUACCUGUAUGGCCUAGCAGCGAUUGGUGUGCCCGCCCUUGCUUUCUUUGUUAUUGGGGUGAUGCUCAAUAGAAACACCUGGGAUGUUUUGCAUGAGUGUCGCACAAGAAAAUGCCGAAAACUGUCUGGGACUGCUGCUUUUGCUCUGGUGGGCUCCAUUGUGGGAAGGGCAGUGGUUGCUCCAGUCACCUGGUUUGUGUUUUCCCUCCUGAGAGGAGAAGCGUAUGUCUGUGCUUUUAGUGAGUUUAUAGACCCCUCGUCAUUGGACAAUUUUCCUCCAACUACAGAAACUCCAGAAAUCAUGGCCAGGUUUCCAUGUAAGGAUUUGCCUGCUCCACUUAUGAAUUUCACUGGAAAGGUUGAACGCCAGUUAAAGUAUGAAUCUCAGCUCAUUGGCUGGUUACUGGUUGGGAUCAUCUCCCUCUCCAUCUUUCUGCUCCUCUGCCUAAAACAUUGCUGUUCUUCACUGGGAUUUCUGCAAGAGGCUUACUGGUCCCAGUACCGCUCCAGUGAACAAGCUCUUUUCCAACGUACGGCUGAAGUACACGCUAAAUUAAACGCUGCUGAAAGUGUCAAGAGCUUCUUUGGCAUAGUGGAAUUGGAUAAUCAAGAGAAGGAGCUUUUAGAAAAGAGUCAGGGUGCCAGGAAAGUUAUUCCCAGUCUAGACUGGAACCGGAUCACAGGGGUUUACAUGUAUAGAGAGAUCAAUGAUGCACCCAUGUAUAGCCGCUUAAACAAAUGGGCCCAUUACACAAAUGAAAACAAGGAAUUACCAAAGUAA